GCAGCACGCGCUGGUUAAACUUUAUACAGUAGCACAUUGAAAUCACGUGUCUAUGGCAGAGUGUUUAUCCCCCGGGAAAUCUGAGGCUCAGGAAAGGGGUGCAAAGAUGUCAGUGGUUUUGGUUGUGCAUGGUGGGGCGUGGGCCAUACCAGAUGAACUGGCCAAGGCCUCUGUUGAUGGAGUGAAAACUGCAGCACGUGAAGGGUUUUCAGUGCUGAAAAGAGGAGGAAGUGCGCUGGAUGCUGUUGAGGUGGCUGUAAGAUCUAUGGAAGAUAACACUGUGUUUAAUGCAGGGCAUGGAGGAACACUAAAUACAGAUGGAGAAGUGGAGCUUGAUGCCUUUAUCAUGGAUGGACAGACACUUGCCAGUGGUGCAGUGUCUUCAGUAAAGAACAUUGCCAACCCUGUUUCACUGGCUCGGGCAGUGAUGGAGAAGACUUCCCACAUGAUGUUGACUAGCAGAGGUGCAAACCUGUUUGCAGAGAGCAUUGGUACAGCCAUGAUCCCCACUGAAACGCUGGUGACUGAGUAUGAGAGGAAAGAAUGGAAGAAGCACAAGGAUUACAUGACUGGAGUAAUGGAAGAUUUCAGCACUCGCUGGGCCCAUGAUACUGUUGGGGCAGUUGCUCUGGACAGUGCUGGUAAUGUUGCAUGUGCAACAUCAACUGGAGGGAUCAGGAAUAAAAUGGUUGGAAGAGUAGGAGACUCCCCAAUCAUUGGCUGUGGAGGAUAUGCAGACAACUUUAGUGGUGCAGUAUCCUGUACCGGCCAUGGAGAAUCUAUUCUUAAAGUCACACUGGCCAGACUCAUUCUUUCAAAAAUGGAACAAGGUAAAUCAGUAACAGAGGCUUUACAAAUGUCUCUGCAGCACAUGGGAGACCGUGUCCAAGGAGCUGGAGGUGCAAUUGUUGUUUCUCCCUCAGGCCACUGGGCAGCCACAUUUACCACUGAGCGAAUGGCUUGGGCAGCUGUGGAACAUGAUGUGCUGUGGUAUGGAUUAGAGCCACUUGAAAGAUUAAAAGAGCACUGGCUCCAAUAAUGAUCAUUGUCCUGCUGCUUAAUUCGAGUGAGCCUGAGCUUCAGGGUAUGAACUGAUUGCUGGAUAUUCACCCAGAGAGCAGAAUUCAUGGUUCCAUCAUGUUGUCCAGGUCCUGAAGCAGCAAAGAAGCCCCAGACCAUCAAACUACCACGACCAUGUUUGACUGUUG